AUGGCUGGCGAGGACAACUCGUUCGUCAAACAGUCGCUCACCGAGACACUCACCGGCCCAUCCGGAAACUCGCGACUGGCCCCGAAACCGACCCUGGGGAGAACGCGCAAGCUGAUCAACUCGAAGGACAUGGCCAAUCGGAAGGCCAAGGCGGACGAGGAGUCAGGCGGGAUCCUCAAGUCUCUCGGACUUACGCCAACAGCCCGGAAAGCUCACAAGGCCUCGCCUGAUAAGGAAGCUGUCACCGAUUGGGAGGAGGUCGACAACCUCGACGGGCUCACCGAACCCACCUCACUCCAUUCAUCCACCAACCCAUCCUCCUCCCAAGCCCACCACACCUCAAGACGCCUAGCCGGCUCAGAGGAAUCCAGCAAACCACUCAAGACCGAGUCAGACUCAAUGCAUCUCAAAUCACAGCUCCCACCAUCCUCAUCUGACUCGCCCAAACGUCGGCAGUCUUCACCCAAAUCUAGCGAGUCGACCAUCGUCCUCACUUUGCGUCGUCAGCUUGCCGAGUCUCAAAAGGCGCGCGAAGAAUUGGCAUCCAAGAAUGCAAAGCUAGAACGCGAGUUGAGCGAGCUUAAAGAGGAUAACAAAGUCAAGGCUGAUGGCAAAGUCUUGGGAGCAAGAGAAUAUGAAGAGCUCGAGAGACAGUUUGAUGCCCAAGAGAAACUGCUGAGUGGGUAUCAGCGAGAGAAUGAACGGUCGUCGAUCGAGCUAGAAGCGACCAAGGGAAAGAUGACGAAGAUGUCGCAUCUGCUAGUGAAAGUGUAUGGAGCGGAUUGGGAGGACACGAUCUCGAGUAUGAAUGAGAGUUCGCCGGGCGGGCCGAUGAAGCAAAACUCGCUCCCCAGCACGCGGAUCCACACCUCUCCUUCGACGAUCCAUACCACCACAAUCCCGAACAGCCCAUCGGAGAAGCUGAGUCUUCAGUUAGCUCAAGUCCAGUUACUCGUCCAGGGCAUGGAAAGACGCUUGGUCAGUCGCGAAGCCGAACUCGAAGACUUGCACAAGCAGACUAAGCAGGAACAUCUCUCCUUGCAAGACUCCCUCAAUCGCUCUCUCGCUAAAUCUCAGCCCCCUAAAUCGGCAAAAUAA